UCCACGAUUCAUGGCAUCACCUGGAAAAGUGACAAAGUGUCAUGGCGUCGAACCGAGUAAAAGUCGCGAACGUAACCUCACUUUGAUUGUGUUUACAUUAAAUACUUGAAAAGUAUAAGUUUCUGUUCAACGCAAUCGAAGCUUGCUGUAGAAUCGUGAUAAAUUUACGUUCGCCUGAGGGGCAAAUGGGCUCGCCGAUGGACACGCCUGGUUCACAGGCGCUCGAGGCAGCGAGAAACAUAAAGGAGUUGGCAGUGUUUAAAAAGCCAAUUGGUGUGGCAAAACGAAGAAAGGGCUGCAAGUCGACGAUCCUCGAUGAGGAUACGUAUAUCGGUAAGAUGGCCGAGAUCAUACAGAGGGACUUUUUCCCUGACCUUGAAAAGUUGCACGCUCAGAACGACUACCUCGACGCACUUGAGCACAACAACAUAAAGAGGAUGCGCGAGUUGUACGAGAAGUACAGUUCAGGACGACCCAUCACGGAGCGGCCGGUGAGUCCUGCAACGUUUGAGACUCCUUUGCGGAACGGAAACACCGACGAGUCCGUCAUGGAAAUGCCAAAGUCUACGGAGAUAGACGUACCUACUAACGACGCUGAGACAGAGGUGAAGAUGGGUCUUGAUGCUUACUUGACCUCUCAUACAAGCGAGGACAACGCAAGUUUUGAGGAGAUGAUGGUAGAGGCGGAGAAGAAACACAGGCUUAAAUACUCGUGGCUAUAUGAGGUUGAAGAAAAGUCGAAAGUCUUGGCCAUUGAGAGGAACAAAAAUGAGAUGAGAUGCAUUGAGGGUAAUUAUGAAAAACCCAAGGAACUCGACGGCUGGAGUUACACGAACAAAAAUUAUAUCAUGUAUGUGCCUGACGGCGUUGAAUUGACUCCUGAAGAAAAGAUCAAUCUGGCUAAGAGGAAACAGGAAGUCAUUCACGACAAUACCAGACUUAGAAUGAAUCCUUUUAACGAACAACAGAAUAAGGAAACGAUCAACGAACUCGCCAAAACUCAAUCAAAGGUUAAAGACGGCAAGAUUGGAAUCGAUGGAAAAGAAGUAGUUCGUAAUCCAACCCCGAGGGUCAAUGGAUUUAGCUUUGUUGCAACGCCAAGUCCUAGACCUGGAGAAUGCGAUAGCCCAAUUAUGACUUGGGGUCAAAUAGAAGGGACGCCAUUCAGGCUGGAUGGAGGUGAUACUCCGCUACUUAGAACCAGCCAUGGGCCAGCAUUCAGAAUGGCUGAGCCUCCGAAAAGAGAAAAAAUUGCAUUACAACUGGCAGAGAAAGCUGGAGAGAGGCACAGAGACCGGAAAAGUAAAGCCUUGGAAGCUGCAAGAAGAUCCUUGGCUAGUCCAUCACCCAGACCUUUAUCUGCGAUGGAUCGUUUGAGCACGAUGUCACCAGCUGCGAGGAGAUUAGCAACGCAAAAGUUGCGGCUUUCAGGAACUCCAACUCCUAGAAGAUCUCGACAAACAAGAACUCCUUCUAUAGGCGUAAGGACGCCACACACACCGAUAUUUGGCACACCUGGAUCUAAGAGCCAAGAUUCUGCGUUGGAAAAGACAUCGACACUGCAGGGUCCUGUCCUUACCGAUAAUCUGCUUAAUUUACCAACGCAAAGACAGAGAGCUGCUGAUUUUUUCAAUAAGUGAAUCGAUUUCAUUCUAAAUCUUGAUAAAUGCAGAGGUAUGUGUAUAAAUUAAGCAAAAGCUGUAUAAAUUUAAUUCAAAAGAAUUCUACCACUGAUAUGUAUUUCAUGUCUGUUCCUUACUCCGUUCAAUUGUUAAGUCGAUGCUGUGCAAAUAUUGUAAUAUAUCUUAAGUUUUAUAAUGUCCACUGGUUAUUUGUUUUUACUCAUUAGUUUGAUAGGAGUAUCCUGUGUUUAUAAGUGUAAAAUAAUUGAAUGAUAUAAUACUAGUUUUCGGCUAACUUCACUUGCGUGUUUCUAUAUUUCGCUGAAUGGAAACACUGUUAAUAUUGUUCAAGUUUUGUAAAUACGUACUUAAGAUUAAGUUUUAUGUAAUAAUUUUUUUGGGGAGAUUUAUUAUAUGCAAUAUUUAUUAUUGAUUUGGUAAUAUUGACGAAUGAUUAACACUAAUUUGCGAUUCCAUUAGAAAUGAAUUUACGAAAAGUCAUUACGUCAUUUUUUUCCGAUUGUGUGAACGCAAAGGUAAUAUGCUGGUAGAUACUCACGAAUAAGCUCGAUAAGCAUUUUCACGAAAAAUAUUAUUCACAACGUGCCGAAAUUUAAAACAAUCUGUGUCAGAGUGAUGAAUAAAUGAAGUUCUUACCGACUAUA